AUGAAGACCAUUGCCAUUCUCGCGCUUGCCUCGACGGCUGCCGUCUUUGCCGUGGGGGAUGCCACUGCCUCGGUACAAGGUCCUGACAGAAAACUCAGCACCGACGCCCAAGCCCAAGCCGACGCGAAUCUCAACCGCAAGUGCCACACGACCAACGACGGGUACAUCCAGACGUUGAAAGCUGGGAUGUACACGGCCAGCAAGUUCCACAAUUGUUUCCGCACGUCGAAGCAAAUCUUCGAGUACGUGAAUGCGUUGGAACCCAACUUUGCUGAAAAAAGAAGCGAUUUCGACCACCGUCAAAGGCAAGACUAUCUACGCGUACAAACUGACCAGCGGCGCGUCCAAGCCCAGUUCAACUUGUACUUUGUGCCGAUCGCCAACAUCGACGGGUAUGACAUUUCGUGGAAGAACGGCAAGCGGUUGCAGCGCACGAAUGCCAACGAAGUUGACUUGAACCGCAACUGGCCGACUCCCUUCAAAAACUCCAAAACCAUACUCCCCUCGGCCCAAGACUACCCUGGAACAGGUCCGUUCAGCGAACCAGAAACUAAAGGGAUUGAUGAGUGGCUCAAGGCCAAGAACACUGAACUCGCCGGCUGGGUGGACGUGCAUUCGUUCGGGGGGUUGAUCUUGUACCCAUAUGGCGACAAGACGCAACGAAUCGGCAACGGCGAAGACGAAAAGUUUGAACGGCUCGGGCGCAACAUUGCCGUCGCAACCGGUGGCGACUACACGGGCCAGACAGCGGCUUCCCCCCCCAUUGGAGCUUUGUUCGGUGCGUUCGACGACUACCUCUACCGCACGUAUCAGAAGCCCGUGUUGACCAUCGAAGUGGCUGGUCCUCAUUUUGUCGCCCCCGCGUCGACCAUCCGUACCCGCGGCAAGGAAAUCUUCAAAGCGUUGACUCAAUUUGCCGAAGAAGUCGAGAAUUUCGACGUCAACAAUACAGACUGUUAA